CCCAGAAGACGACGUAGUGUCCGGGAUCCGUCGAGAGAUCCAUGCGGCUGGUGAAGUCCACAACCUCGAGCUUCUCCGUUGCCAGCAGCUCGGCUGCUGCUUCCACCGCGAGCUGCAGAUCAAAGAAUGGGGCAUUUUCCAGCUGGUGAAUCUGGGGUGGAUGGUUCGUGGCUGGGGCGAGAAAUUCAUGAAUUCUACGCACUGCCAUUGGAGAAUUCGAGGGUUAUGGCCAGAAUUUGAUUGGCGAUCACAAGGUUGAAUGGGGCGAUCGCUUUUACAUGAUCACCAAUCCCAUCCACCGGAGGAAGCCUCAUCUCUUCCCCGACCUCCCCCACUCUAUUAGGUAAGUAUUACUCCUAGUAUAAUUGAAGAUGGAUGUGAAAGAGAUGGAAGAGAUGUUCGAGAAUGGGAUGCAAUCAGUGAGGAUGAACUACUAUCCGCCGUGCCCGGAGCCGGACAAGGUUAUCGGGCAGAUGCCGCACUCGGAUGGAAGCGCCGUCACCAUCCUCCUCCAAGUCAACGGCGUCCAAGGUCUCCAAAUCAAGAAAGAUCAUGGAACUUGGAUGCCGGUGAAGUUCUUGCCGGAGGCUUUGGUCGUCAAUUUCGGUGACACUGUUGAGGUGUUGAGCAAUGGAUUGUACAAGAGCAUUGAACAUAGGGCAACAGUUACUUCAGAGAAAGAGAGAAUUUCAGUAGGAAUGUUUUUCAACCCUAAUUUUGAAGCAAAUGUGGGCCCAUCUCCAUCUCUCUUGGGUAAUCAGAAGCCAAUAUUUAAGACUAUAUCAAUGAAGGAGUAUGUUAAUGGCUUCUUCUCUAGGAGACUCCAGGGCAAAUUUCUAGACACCAUGAGAAUAUAAGGCCUCGUUGAGUUAGAUUAUUUAGUUUUGAGUGAAUUAAAUAACAUAAGUUUGUAUUUGGUAUGAAAUAUAAUAAAAACUGUUAUUUUUA